AUGACUGUUAGUACUGUCUGGGUGCCGUGUGAAGAGGUCCUCCCUGGAGAGCGAUGGGGUGAAUUUAGCAGGACCAUUAGAAUUACUGCUUGGGUCCUCAGAUUCAUCUCAAAUCUCACAGACACACAGCAGUUCUCCACUCAUGCCACUGGGAAGCUAUCUUUGGAGGAACAUGCUGCGGCUAAAGACAUGCUGUUCAGACAUUUUCAAAGUGUUGAGUUUGGGAAAGAACUUGAGUUGUUGAAACAAGGUAAACCAGUGGUGAAGUCGUCACCCUUGUACAGCUUGAGUCCUAUGAUCAGUAGUGACGGUUUGAUUCGGAUAGGUGGUAGACUAGGAAAUGCUGAACUGUCUUAUGCUGAAAAACAUCCAAUCAUUUUGCCAAAGUGUCGAUUGUCAGUUCUACUCAUCAGGUCAGAACAUAUCCGAUUGAAACAUGCUUCUGUAGGGGUCUUGUUGACCAACUUACGGGAUACAUAUUGGAUCAUAUCGGCUAGGCGCUUGGCCAAAUCGGUCAAGAAAGAGUGCAUUAUGUGUCAGUUGAAAGAUGCUAAAGCGUGCAAUGAGGUAGCCGCUCCCUUGCCUGAACUUAGGAUACACGAGGCUCCAGUGUUCACUGUGACUGGUUUAGAUUACGCUGGGCCGUUGUAUUGUUUGGAUUUUCCCAAUCAGAAGUUCUACAUACUCUUGUUUACAUGUGCAGUUGUUAGGGCUAUACACCUCGAGUUGACAGAGUCAUUGGCUGUUCUAGAUUGUAUUCUGGCCUUGAGACGCUUUGUUGCUAGACGUGGUUUACCGAGUGUUUUUUACUCAGACAAUGCUCAGACGUUCAAGGGAACGGAAAAACUCAUGACCAAGGUCUAUGGUACUGUUUUUCCAAAGUGGAAGUACAUCUGUAGUAGGUCACCGUGGUGGGGUGGCUGGUGGGAAAGACUAGUACGCAGUUGUAAGUCAGCCUUAAGGAAAACUGUGGGUAACCGAUGUCUCACCAGGGUUGAGUUGGAGACCACACUAUGUGAGAUAGAAGCCUGUAUCAAUUGUCGGCCACUUACAUUUGUUGGGGACGAGGUAGACUGUAAGAGACCUCUCACGCCAGCUCAUUUCUUACUGGGUAGAAACGUAGGUUUUCAGACAGUUGUCGAUGAACAAGAGUUUGAAGUGUCCACUGAGCAUCUUAGUGAAGCUGAGUUGAUCAGACAGCGCAGGUUGGAACUAUUUUGGACUGUCUGGAGCAAAGAUUACCUCCACAACCUUCCCUUUGCCAUUAACAAGUUCCAAGCCAAAGGGUCACUUGAUGUAGGUACAGUGGUUCUGAUCAGAGAGGACAAUUUGGUGCGCAUGAAGUGGCCCCUUGGAGUGGUGACACAGUUGUUCCCAGGUAGAGAUGGAAGAGUGCGGAGUGUUGAGUUGAAGACAGCAAAUGGCACUCUGGUGCGACCUGUUCAGAGGUUGCAUGAUUUAGAGGUACCUGGUGCCUGUCUUGGGGGGAGGAUUGGAGAUGUCUCCUCCUCCAGUAUUACGCCAAGACAUGUCGGUCAGUUUGCAAAUGGUCCCAAGGUGACAAGGAGUGGUCGGGUUAGCAAACCUAGAGAGAAACUGAAUCUGUAA